AUGAACUCUUAAGAACAAAUCAAUUACGACUACAUAGCCCUUCCUCAUGGUUAAAAAAGAAAACCAUAAUAUUUACCUGAAAAGUUUGCCCCUUAAGCAAUUAUUAGAUAGUAAUAAAAAGUUGAUCAGGCUAUUUAAAACGGAUAUAAAAUUGAUAUUCCUUUCCUUUAUUAAACUGAAUAUAAAAUGGAAAAUUACAAAGAAGUCUUAAAAAAUGUUGAUAACUAAAUAAAAAUAAAUAUUGAUUAAUUAUUUUAAAAUGAAUCUAAAGAAUUAUUGGAAUGCUAAGCUUAGAAAAAAUUCAUUAUUCAUAGAUUUUAUAUAGAUACUUUGAAUUUGAUUAAAUAAGGUAAAUUUACUGUAGAAGAAUUAAGAUGCUAUUUGUUAGUUCGCUCUUAUAUUUAAUAUCAUUUUGUUAUAAAUCACUACUUUGUUUUAUUAGGAAUCACUUUAAGUUUAGUUGAUGAUAAAAAAAAAUAUGAUUAAUACCAAAAAAUAAGUAAAAUAUUUGGAUAAUAUGAAGAAACCGAUUUAUUUUAUUCUGAAAAUUAAGUAUAGAAAAACAAAAUAGUCCAAGACAUACUUUUAUUAUUAAUAAAAGUAUGGCUUUUUGAUAAAUUUGAGAUAAAAUCAAAUGACUUUUUUGCUACUAAAGAAGUAAACGAUAAAAUAUAACAAUUAUUAAGCCAAAUUGAAUAAUUAUGCAAUGAAUAAAAUCCCUAAUAACAAGAAUAGUAAAAAUAAGAAAUUGAGAUUAUUAUGACAGACUAAUUUCUUAAAGUGCAGAUUACCAAAAAGGAAUUCAAAAAAUAAAUUCUUAUUUAUGAAGUAAUGAAUAUACUUUUUACCAUUUCGAAAGCUUGAGAGUUGGAAAUUAUGUAAUCGAUUAAAUGAUUUGUAAUUAAAGAAAUUUAGAAUAAGCCUAUUAAAGUAAGUUUUGGUAUAGUACUCAUGCUUCGAAUAAUUAUAAACUUUUUGAAGGAUAAUUUUAUUCUUUAUUACCUAAUAUUGAUAUGAAAAAAUUCUAAUAAUAAGCUGAUGUAUUUAAUAUAUCUAUCUCUAUUUUUAUUUAUUUUAUUUUAUUCAGUUUAGUGAUUUUGUUAUGAAUGGAGCUGCUAAAGUUGCAUAAGAACUUGUUUUAUUAUAAGAUAGACAUUUUAAGUCUUAAGAUUUUAUUGGAACAUAAAAAGAACCUGUAGAUGAUGCUAAAUUUAACAAAAUGAUUGGAAGAUGUUAUCUUUAUCCAAGAGAAGGUGAAUAUGUUUAUGGAAGAUUCUUUUAU